AUGCAGCAGACUGGACUCGCCCUGUUGGCCUUAGCUGUCUGUGUGGCCCUUCGACCCUCGGAAGCCAUACUUCCCAUUGCCACUAGCUGUUGUACUGAGGUCUCACAUCAUAUUUCCAGAAGGCUUCUGGAAAGAGUGACUAUGUGUCACAUUCAGAGGGCUGAUGGGGAUUGUGACCUGGCUGCUGUCAUACUUCAUGUCAGGAGAAGAAGAAUUUGUGUCAGUCCACACAGUCAUACUAUUAAGCAGUGGAUGAAAGCAUUAGCAGGCAAGAAAAAUGCUAAAGGCAGCCUUUGCCAUAAGAAGAAUCACCCUGGCAAGAGGACCAGUAAAGGAGCAUAUCAGCAGAAGCAUGAACCAUAUGGCCAUAAAACUCCUUAUUAG